UCCUUAUGUUUAGAAAGUUAAAGUUCCAAACUUUAGAGUUUUUUUUGCCAAUAUUGUGCAUUGUAUGAAUGUAUGAUUUAAAAAAAGGGUGCAUCUUUGCCUUUUUUUGGGUUGUUGCAAUAAUAUUGUUGAAGGGUAUUGUUAAUAUUCAGUAAAAUGGAAUGAUAAUUUGAUGUUCGUUUUAGUUUUAAAUAUUGCAGGAAUAUUAGAGAGAAAAAUGGCAGCUGAUAGGAAAAAUUAUGUGAUGUCGGUAGAUUUUGCAAUGAAAAGAGAAAUGGCAUACAGGGAAAAGCUCAGAGCUGAAGGAAGACUUAAUAGUACUAAUAUGUUUUCCAGGAAUGACCCCCUGCCUCCUAAGGUGUUAGCACCAACUUCUGGCCACACUCCAAGGGCAAUUCUACAGCCUACUCCAAAUGUAAGUCCAGGACUGACUGUGGCGCCCACCAACAAUCCUACUCCACGCCCAUAUUUUGGACCUAGACCUGUGCAAACUCUGCAGCCAAGACCUUACUUGCAGCAUCAUGGACCAAUUACUGGCUCAAGACCACUUCUGAGGCCACCUCCAUUUCAAGGCCCUCGACUGAAACCAGGUGCUAUUCAUUAUCAUGGUCAUCUGAAGAGGAAGAAACCAAUCCAUCAGCAAGUUGAAGCAGAAAAAUAUUACUGCGAGCUUUGUGAUGUUGACUGCACUAGCGAGUUCAAUCUCAGGAUGCACUUCAAGGGUCACAAGCACAAGGCCAAACAGCGAGAUGCAAACAGUAAGAAAGUUUCUGCAGGUGUCGUGUCACAGCAGGGUGUAAAACCGCAUAAAUACUGUGAGUUGUGUGCAAUUUGGUGUACAGAUGAGAACUCCUUCAGGCUACAUCUUGAUGGAAAGAGCCACUUUCUCAAACUACAUGCUGCCGGGAAAAAAAUCAAGUCGUGAUUGGGUAUUACCAUUGCUCAAUUGGUUAAUAUGGUUAUUUGGACAUACAAUAUAUAAUUGGUAGUGUGGUAGAAUAACAUAGUUUAACUGUAGGCCUGUUUUCUGUGUAUGGCUUUUUUAGCUGUUAUGAUGCAAUUCAGUGCAUAUUGAAGCUAUUUUUAUGGAAAUCAAAGGUUCAACUGUCCUUAAAUGAA